GUGGCCAGGUUGUCGUCAUUGAUUAGUUGCUUUGCCAAGUGUGAAAUGGAUACGAGGAAUCUGGUUCAUUUGUGUUUAGGAGAGGCGAAGUCCACCAAUAAAAUAGUGAAUUUGAACAAGAAACACAAAAAGGUUAAAUCCCGUGCUUGAUAUCGAGCGAAAACCAGCAAAUUGUUAGAGUUCGGGCGAGUUUCCAAUAGUUUCGGUCGUUCCAACCCCCCAUUUUGGCUGACAUUCUGACAUUGGCACGCACCCACGUGAACUUUUAGGUUGGUUUUUGUGCCAAUUUCGUAUUGUGUUUAUUCCAAAUUCGAACCUUCUGGAGCGAAAUGGAAUCCUGGGAUGAUGAAAAUUUCGAGCCCCUUCCGGUCAUCGCUGCAGCCCUCAAGACCAACAAAUGGGUCGGCGAAGAUGAGGAGGAGGAUGUAAAGGAAAGCUGGGAGGACGAUGACGAGGACGAGAAGCAGGAGGAGAAGAAAGUGGCUGAGCCAAAGAAGUCCAAGAAGAAGUCGCUGGCCGAUAAGAUAGCAGAGAAAGAGGCGAAAAAGAGGGAAGAGCUGGAGAAGCGUCUGGCCGAAGACGAAGACCUUUCCCCAGAAGAACGCCUGCGAAUGCAAAAGGAGUCCGACUUAAAACUAGCUCUGGAAACCACGUUCGGCGGCUCGCCCCCGGAGGAAAUCGACGGACUGAAACUGCCCUCGACCACUGGGGAAUUUGAGCAGUUUACCGAGACUUUAACCAGACAGUUGACUCCUCUAUCCAGGCAUGGAAACGACUAUGUGAACUUCACUGAAGGGCUCGCUAGGAAUUUAUGUGCAGCUAUGAGCUCUAACGACAUUAAGAAAAUAAAAAACACCCUAGACAACUUGUAUUUGGAGAAGCAGAAGAUAGAAAAGGGCGACAAGGCGAAGAAGAACAAGGGCAAAGGCAAAGCGCGCUUGAAGAUCGAGGGUAGCAACCAAUUGCUCGAUGACUACGCGGCGAACACCUUCGAUGAAUUCGACGACUUCAUGUAGCAGCAAUAUUUACUCUCCUUUGUUUAUAUUUCUAUAAAUAUUUUGUUAACAUUAGUCUAACGAGGCGCUUAAGUUGUACUUUUUGUUUAUCUAUUUUUAAGUAGGUACUUUCGUUGGAAGCUAUUUUUAUAUAAAAAACAUAUUUUCUAACAGUGGAUUAGUAUGUCAUUUUAGUGGCUUUUCUACUAAUCGAAAUGUGCUCUAUUUCCCGAUCUUCGUUAAGCCAACGGAAUUGUACAGCAAACGGAACGGGAUUGAGAAGCCCAGGCUACAUAUUCAGAUAUAAUAGAACUGUUUUUCUAUAACAAUAAAGGCAUGUAUCAGUAA